AUGAAAAGCUCAGCCGAGUCCUCCACAGCUCCAGACAGAAUCAAACGCCGUCGUUUCAUCUCCAUCUCCAUCUUCUCAACGCUCCGCUUUUCGUUGCUGCUACCCCUGAAUCGGCGUCCGAAGACCUAGAUUCCCUUUUUUCGUCUUCUUCAUCGUUGAUCUGUGUGUUUCCUUCUCAGAUUUCAUAAGGAUUUCAAUGGUAUGUUAGCUGCUUGGGGAAUAAUUUGAUUGAUUUUGUAGCUGUAGAAAAUGGGGAAAAUGAGCGGAUUGUACAGGAUGACCGCUGACUUCAGACAACGGGUUUAUGAAUUUUCUCAAUUGCUGCAUGGCUUAUCUAAUCCCUUGAUAUUGGAGAGUAGAUUUGUAAAUAUUCUAGGAUUUAGUUUGUAGAUAAGGAUUGUUUAUUGUAGAUGAAUAUGGAAACAGAGUUAACUAGGGUUCAGCAUAAUGGCCAAAAGAUUACUGUGGGUUUGAAGAGGAAAAGGGCAAAUCAAGGCACGACACAUGUUGGAGCUGGCUACGAAGCAUUUUUGUCCAAGUUGACCUCGUCUAGGAAUAGACAUGCCAAGUGCAAGAGACUUGAUGACUGUGAAGUCAGUCGUGGGCCAAACUCAAGGAGAUCUUUUCUUAGAAACUAUAAAAAUUUUAGCAGAAGUGGACUUCCCAAGAGGUUUUUAUAUCAAGAAGAUGGGGAUUGGGUAGAUUACCCUCAGAUAACUGUCAAGUUGAUUAGGGAACAGUUUCAAAUUAAAAAUGCGGCAAUUGAAGUGGAAUUGAAUGGUCGGCAUUUGCUGCUAGAUGCUUUGUAUAUGAUCCAAGUGGAACUGAAAACAGCUAUUCAGCAGCACAUUGCUUGGAUUGAUGACAAUGGUCAAUGUUUCUUUCCAGAAUUUUAUUCGGGUGACAGUGUGAUGCAUCGGUUCCACCAGUAUGAGCUGGAAGAUGCUUCUACUGUGGCAUUACCAGACCAUACUGGAAUGAGAGAGAUCAAUUUGCAUCUUGAAAUUGGAAUAGCUGAAGCAAAUAGUUCUCAAUCAGAAGGCUAUAUUGAAGAGUCAAAUAGGCAUACUAAGAUAUCUAAUAUCAAAGCAAAAACUUUUGAUGUUGGUGAGGAUUGGGAAGACAGUGAAACUAAUAGUCAGAAACCAGUUGCUCAAAUGCAUGAGGCUGUUGGAGGAAUAAAAGAGAUUGAUUGUUAUGUGACGCCUCAAAAUGAAAUAAUUCAUUCAACUGUGGGUUUGGAUGAUGUAAAAAAUAUGUUCUUAAUGAGCAUGGAAUCUAUUAAGAACAUUGAAAUACUUGAGGUCAAACGCUGGUCUAGUCAUUUAAUGCAGGAUAGACUGGAUCUGUUUAAGAAACAAAUAGAGAUAACCAAGAAGAGUCGUGGGAAUGCCAAUGUUCAGUAUGGUUGGCUAGCUGGUAGCAUGCUACAUGGGGUAGGUCAUUUUGAGCCGAAGCUUACAUCCACAGCUGGUGUUCACCUUUCAAGCUGCGCAAAUCUUAGUGCAAGCUACUGCGACGAUGAUGAAAAGGGGGUUAGAUACAUAGCAUUCUGUCAUGUCAUAUUGGGAAAUGUGGAAGUUGUCACUCCUGGAUGUGUACCAUAUCAUCCCAGUUCUGUAAACUUUGACAGUGGAGUAGAUGACCUUCAUAAUCCAAGUCAAUAUUUUGUUUGGAAUAUGAAUAUGAAAAGCCACAUUUUCCCGGAGUAUGUUGUCAGUUUCAAGAUAUCAUCUAGCCCUCCUGAAUGUGGGCUCCAGGACCAGUUGCAGUUAAAUUGCUCUUCGAUUGAAUCAGUAAGCCAUCUGUUGCCACUCUUGUUAGGUGGACUUGUGAACCUAUGAGUUAUGAUUAUGAAAGCUGUUAUUUAUUCAAUAUGAGUUGAUCUUAAUUUUGGGCCAGCAUAGAUUUCCUAAGGUUGCCUUCCAUCUCGGCCCGCCAAAGCCUUUAUUCCCAUGUAUAGUUGAGCUAAUUUGUUUUCGUUUCCUCCUUGACCUGACCACCUUUAUAAUUGUUUACAUUCACAAUUCUUGGGUUGAUGACUUUCUGGAAUCAGCUUUCUUUCCUAUUUACCUACUUCAAUAGUUGGGUGAUCUGCCUUUAAAGAUUCAUUAACCGCAACAUUCUAACUCCCAGGUGCAAGCUUCACUUGCCAAAUUACUUUUUCCUUUGAUUAUCGUACAUUUCUCUGUAACUAUUCAAUUGGCACAUUACAUGGCAUCCUGGGCAAACCAGAUUACUGGGGUUCUUUUUAGGAAGACCAAGGAAACAAUCGUGUUUCAUGGAUGCCCUUAUGGUUAAUACUGUCUGUGAGAGCAUACUCUUUUUCUGACUUUUGGAUGCUGUUGGGUUUUCGAUGGGACAGUUCAUAAACUUGGAGCAUUUAUGCAAUCAGGUUUUAGAAGAAAUGCAAAAGUUCUUUUAGUUUAUGAAACAAAAGCUUUAGGGAUGGACGGGGAUGAAUCAAAUAACUUUUAAGGGGAAGGAUGGGAAUUGGGAAGAAAAAUUUUAUUUGCAAAGCGUCAUUGUUAUUGUGAUGCUCACCCCUUUUUCUGCAAAUUGCCUAAUAGAGGUUUAUGCUGUUUUUGCAAA